CAAUGCUCAGGUUAUUUAGAGCCAGUCUGAAUUUACUAAAUUAGGUAAAAGGGUAAAAGAGCCUGAGAGUUUGGUUUUAGACUUGUGAACUCUAACCAACCUCACUACAACAUGAAGAUCUUCCUGCUGAUUCUCCUGCUGUUGUCGGCUUUGUCAGAUAUAUUGUGCCAGAACUUCAGUCCUGAUGAGGAUAACUGGAUAAAUAACAGAUAUCCAAAUGAGGUAAAUGUGCUAGAGUCUGACCUACAGACGAUGUUGGAAAGGGUCAGCCGAGCACCUGGACUACAACAGGUUUUCGGUCUAAUGGGGAAAAGAUCAUCAGCAAAAUCACAGAUAACUCGGAGACGGCAAAAAUUCCAGACUUUUGUGGGUCUAAUGGGAAAACGGAAUGUGGCUAAACCAGGAUCCUUCUAGAAAAAGGCAAGCGCUGUUGAUGAAGCUUUUUACAGUGACUUUUUUAUUAUCAGUUUCUCAGGCUAAAACUGAUAAUAUCAUGUUAUGAAAUAAACAAUGAAUAAAAACAAG